ACUUAAGUUUACAACUACUCAUACGGUUUAGUUAAUUGACAUUUUAUUUAUUUUAUUUUAUUUUAUAAAUUUGUGACCCAGCUUUUUGUUUUGUAACGCACUACUUAAUCAAGCCAUAAAAGAAUAUCCUGCUUAGCUCCAAAUGGCCAUCUUUGAGGUACUUUUGAUGUUUUUAUGCAUAAUUUUUCUUUAUAUCUUGAGAUGCAGAAGUUUGAACAAAAGCUUAGCGCCAACACAUUUUCCAUUGGUCGGAAUGCUGCCGGCGAUUCUUCAAAAUGCUCACCAGCUACAUGAUUACGCCACGGUCGUCCUCAACGAAUGCGGCGGCACAUACGAGUUCAAAGGGCCCUGGUUUGCUAACAUGAACAUUUUGGCCACUUGUGAUCCUGCCAAUAUCCACCAUAUUAUGAGCAAAAAUUUCUUAAACUACCCCAAAGGUCCAGAAUUCAAGAAAAUAUUUGAUAUUCUGGGAGAUGGGAUUUUCAAUUCUGAUUCUGAAUUAUGGGAACUUCAUAGAAAAACGACUAUGUCCCUAAUGAAUCAUGCAAAAUUUCAUCAGGUCUUAGAAAAGAACAUUUGGGACAAGAUUGAAAACGGCCUCCUUCCUGUUCUUGAUCAUUUCAUUAGAAAAGGAAAUGAGAUUAAUUUGCAGGAAAUUUUUCAAAGAUUUGCUUUCGAUAGUUCAUGUAAAUUGGUUCUGGAUUAUGAUCCAUGCAGUUUGUCCAUUGAUUUACCCUAUAUUCCAUGUGAAAAAGCUUUUGAUGAUGCAGCAAAAGCCCUUUUGCAUAGACAUAUUUUGCCAGAAAGCUUGUGGAAGCUCGAAAAAUGGCUGGGAAUUGCUACAGAAAAGAAGCUGGCUAAAGCUUGGGAGGCUUUUGAUAAAUUUAUAUAUCCGUGCAUUCCAUUAAAGGAGGAACAGAGCAAUGGCACCAAAGUGCAUGAUGAAGAUUUUAGCUUGUUAACUGGAUUUUUAAAAGCAUACAAGGGAAAGAGCGGUGCUUCUUGUGAUGAAAGAGAGUUCAUGAGAGACACCUUGUUGAGUUUGAUCUUUGCAGGUAGGGACACCACAAGUACUACUCUAACAUGGUUUUUCUGGCUAAUUGCCUCAAAUCCCCUUGUGGAACUCAAGAUACUUGAAGAGAUUCAAACAAACUUUCAUGACACAGAAGACAAAACAUGCAGGUUUUUUAAUGCAGAAAAAUCUAGAAAAUUAGUCUACCUCCACGGAGCAUUCUGCGAGACUCUUAGGCUGUUCCCUCCUGUGGCACUGGAACACAAAUCACCGGUUCGACCGGACAUCCUUCCAAGUGGCCACUGUAUCCCUCAAAAUACUAAAAUAAUUUUGUUCUUUUAUUCAAUGGGAAGGAUGGAGAAAAUAUGGGGCAAAGAUUGUUUAGAGUUCAAGCCAGAGAGGUGGAUUUCCGAGCACGGUAGAAUAAAGCAUGAACCGUCGUUCAAGUUCCCUGCGUUCAAUGCCGGACCAAGAACCUGCAUUGGUAAGGAGAUGUCUUUUGUGUUAAUGAAAAUAGUGGCAGCAACUAUGAUAUAUAAUUACCAUGUCCAACUGGUGGAAGGUCAAUCAGUUUCUCCUUGUGAUUCUGUCAUAAUUCAAAUGAAACAUGGUUUAAAGGUCAAGUUAUCCAAAAGACAUGCCUGAUACCAGUACACCAGAACAAUAAGAAUAUGUAGAUGCUGAAUGCUUUGGAAGAAGGGCACUAAAAAAUAUUGAUAUUUUACCUGAAUGUUAUUAUAUAAUGUGAAAACUAAAGUUCAACUUCCGUGUUAAAGUUUGUUACAUGUAACAUACUUUGAAUUAAGUUUGUGUUUGAGCCACAUUAUUUUGAAAGAAUGUAUUUUGGAAUAAUAGAUUGAUGUAGAAUGUAUGGUUAAAAAAUAAAGGAAAAGUUUUGAAUUUGUUUGAUAGUGAUGUAACAAUACAAGUGCUCAAUUAUAUGUAUAUUAGUGUCCCCCGACAGAGACAUGUCAAUUUUA